AUGGUCACAUCGAAGCCAGCCGCAGCUGGCCCGGGCAGCUGCUCCUGGGGCUCCGGAUGGGCGGACAAAGCCAGGCGGCCUUGGCAGCCCCAGAGCCGGAACCCCAAAGCCCUGAGACAGGGGGGGACUGCGACCCAGGAGAACCCUGAGCUGGAGAGAUGCUGCCCCCACCCCCAUAGGCCCAAGGGAUCUGGAGCAAUGGGACCAGGGGCCCUUUCAUUUCUACUGCUGCUGCUCUUGGUGGCAACUGGAGAUGCUGACAUGAAGGGACAUUUUGACCCUGCCAAGUGCCGCUAUGCCCUGGGCAUGCAGGACCGGACCAUCCCAGAUGGUGACAUCUCUGCCUCCAGCUCCUGGUCAGACUCCACUGCUGCUCGCCAUAGCAGGCUUGAAAGCAGCGAUGGAGAUGGCGCCUGGUGCCCUGCAGGGCCGGUGUUCCCCAAGGAAGAGGAGUACCUCCAGGUGGACCUGCGGCGGCUGCACCUGGUGGCGCUGGUGGGCACCCAGGGACGGCACGCAGGGGGCCUGGGCAAGGAGUUCUCUCCCAGCUACCGACUGCGUUACUCCCGGGAUGGCCACCGCUGGAUGGACUGGAGGGACCGCUGGGGCCAGGAGGUGAUCUUAGGUAAUGAAGAUCCUGGGGGAGUGGUGCUGAAGGACCUUGGGCCCCCCAUGGUGGCCCGACUGGUUCGCUUCUAUCCCCGGGCGGACCGGGUCAUGAGCGUGUGUCUGCGGGUGGAGCUCUAUGGCUGCCUCUGGAAGGAUGGACUCCUGUCUUACACGGCCCCUGUGGGGCAGACGAUGUACUUAUCUGAGGCCGUGCACCUCAAUGACUCCACCUACGAUGGAUAUACCACGCAUACUGUUGGCGGGCUGCAGUACGGAGGGUUGGGCCAACUGGCAGAUGGUGUGGUGGGCCUGGAUGACUUUAGGAAGAGCCAGGAGCUACGGGUUUGGCCGGGCUAUGACUAUGUGGGCUGGAGCAACCACAGCUUCCCCAGUGGCUACGUGGAGAUGGAGUUUGAGUUUGACCGGCUGAGGGCCUUCCAGGCCAUGCAGGUCCACUGUAACAACAUGCACACGCUGGGAGCCCGCCUGCCCGGUGGGGUGGAGUGUCGCUUCAAGAGGGGCCCGGCCAUGGCCUGGGAAGGGGAGCCCGUGCGCCAUGCUCUGGGGGGCAGCCUGGGGGACCCCAGAGCCCGGACUGUGUCAGUGCCCCUGGGCGGCCGCAUGGGCCGCUUCCUGCAAUGCCGCUUCCUCUUUGCGGGGCCCUGGCUACUCUUCAGCGAAAUCUCCUUCAUCUCCGAUGUUGUGAAUGACUCCUCCCUGGCUUUGGGGGGCACCUUCCCACCAGCCCCCUGGUGGCCACCCGGCCCCCCUCCCACCAACUUCAGCAGCUUGGAGCUGGAGCCCAGGGGCCAGCAGCCUGUGGCCAAGGCCGAGGGGAGCCCGACCGCCAUCCUCAUCGGCUGCCUGGUGGCCAUCAUCCUGCUGCUGCUGCUCAUUAUUGCCCUCAUGUUAUGGCGGCUGCACUGGCGCCGGCUCCUCAGCAAGGCCGAGCGUAGGGUAUUAGAAGAGGAGCUGACGGUUCAUCUCUCUGUCCCUGGGGAUACCAUCCUCAUCAACAACCGCCCAGGCCCCCGAGAGCCACCGCCUUAUCAGGAGCCACGGCCUCGUGGGAAUCCACCCCACUCUGCUCCCAGUGUCCCCAACAGCUCCGCGUUGCUGCUCUCCAAUCCGGCCUACCGUCUCCUUCUGGCCACUUACGCCCGCCCCCCUCGAGGCCCGGGCCCCCCCACACCCGCCUGGGCCAAACCCACCAACACCCAGGCCUGCAGCGGGGACUAUAUGGAGCCUGAGAAGCCAGGUGCCCCGCUUCUGCCCCCACCUCCCCAGAACAGCGUCCCCCAUUAUGCCGAGGCUGACAUUGUCACCCUGCAGGGUGUCACGGGGGGCAACACCUAUGCUGUGCCCGCGCUGCCCCCAGGGGCAGCUGGGGAUGGGCCCCCCAGAGUGGAUUUCCCUCGGUCGAGGCUCCGCUUCAAGGAGAAGCUUGGCGAGGGUCAGUUUGGGGAGGUGCACCUGUGUGAGGUAGAGAGCCCUCAAGAUCUAGUCAGUCUUGAUUUCCCUCUCAAUGUGCGCAAGGGACACCCUUUGUUAGUAGCGGUCAAGAUCCUACGGCCAGAUGCCACCAAGAACGCCAGGAAUGACUUCCUCAAGGAGGUGAAGAUCAUGUCGAGGCUGAAGGACCCAAACAUCAUCCGGCUGCUGGGCGUAUGUGUGCAGGACGACCCGCUCUGCAUGAUAACCGAUUACAUGGAGAAUGGCGACCUCAACCAGUUCCUCAGUGCCCACCAGCUAGAGGACAAGGCGACGGAGGGGAACGGGGAUGGGGAGGUGGCCCAGGGACCCACCAUCAGCUACCCGAUGCUGCUGCACGUGGCGGCCCAGAUCGCCUCGGGCAUGCGCUAUCUGGCCACACUCAACUUUGUGCAUCGGGACUUGGCCACGAGGAACUGCCUGGUUGGGGAAAAUUUCACCAUCAAAAUUGCCGACUUUGGCAUGAGCCGGAACCUCUACGCUGGGGACUAUUACCGCGUGCAGGGCCGGGCAGUGCUGCCCAUCCGGUGGAUGGCCUGGGAGUGCAUCCUCAUGGGGAAGUUCACGACUGCCAGUGACGUGUGGGCCUUUGGGGUCACCUUAUGGGAGGUGCUGAUGCUCUGCAGGGCCCAGCCCUUUGGACAACUCACUGAUGAGCAAGUCAUCGAGAACGCGGGGGAGUUCUUCCGGGACCAGGGCCGGCAGGUGUACCUGUCCCGGCCCCCGGCCUGCCCGCUGAGCCUGUAUGAGCUGAUGCUCCGGUGCUGGAGCCGGGAGCCUGAGCAGCGACCACCCUUUUCCCAGCUGCAUCGGUUCCUGGCAGAAGAUGCAGUCAACACAGUGUGA